UUCCACUCUCCACUUCUCACUCCCUCCGCCUUCGAUCCCGCGCUAAAAACUCUUAAACCCUAAACCCUCGACACCUCCUCUCUCUCUCUCCUCAUUUCCUGAACAGCCAUGGCGUCCAUGGCCAACCGAGCCAAUCCGCUGCUCAACAACCUCCCUCACUUCCUCACAUGGCGAGCCUUAGGGUUCCGCACCAUCUGCAGCGGCCGCAUGGGCUUCUCGUCUCAGUCCGAGCGGCAGCCUGAUCCCGAAACCCCCGUCGCCGGCACCAAGGUGCUCGAGACUUUCAGAGAAGAAUUUGAAGUCGGAGAUCGAUUAAUUACGCUCGAAACGGGAAAGAUCGCUCGCUUCGCUAACGGUGCCGUUGUUUUGGGCAUGGAGGAGACCAAAGUAUUAUCCACCGUGGCCGCCGCCAAAGGCGACGCCGUUCGCGAUUUUCUGCCCCUAACUGUUGAUUAUCAAGAGAAGCAAUUUGCCCAAGGAGUAAUUCCGAACACAUUCAUGCGAAGGGAGGGUGCGCCGAAGGAGCGUGAACUCUUAUGUGGUCGUAUCAUUGAUCGACCAAUACGUCCGCUAUUUCCUGCUGGGUUUUUCCAUGAAGUUCAGGUAACAGCAAGUGUUCUUUCCUCUGAUGGAAAGCAAGAUCCAGAUGUACUGGUAGCUAAUGCUACAUCUGCUGCGCUUAUGUUAUCAGAUAUUCCUUGGGGUGGCCCCAUUGGCAUGAUUCGUAUAGGCAGGAUUGCUGGGAAGUUUAUUGUUAAUCCAACUAUGGAUGAGCUUAGCUUGAGUGAUCUCAACUUAGUGUAUGCCUGUACGAGAGACAAAACGUUAAUGAUUGAUGUGCAGGCUCGUGAGAUCUCAGAAAAAGAUCUAGAAGCAGGGUUAAGAUUAGCUCAUCCCGAGGCAGUUAAAUAUAUUGAACCUCAAAUCAAACUGGCUGCUAAAGCUGGUAAGCAUAAGAAGGAAUAUAAAUUGUCAAUGAUGCCAGAUAGAACAUUGGAGAAAGUCAGUCAAUUGGCAGAAGCUCCAAUAGAAGCCGUUUUCACUGAUCCAUCAUAUGGAAAGUUUGAACGUGGAGAGGCCUUAGAGAAUAUUACACAAGACGUGAGAAAAGUACUUGAAGAAGAGUGUGAUGAAGAAAGCUUGAAACUUCUACCAAAGGCAGUAGAUACUGUGAGGAAAAAGGUUGUUCGUAAAAGAAUUAUUGCGGAAGGAGUCAGACUUGAUGGGAGGCGUCUUGAUGAAGUUAGGCCUUUGUAUUGUGAAGCUGGUCAUUUGCCUAUGCUGCAUGGAUCAUCACUUUUUUCUCGUGGAGACACACAGGUUCUUUGUACUGUAACACUUGGGGCGCCUGGUGAUGCUCAACGAUUGGAUUCUCUGGUUGGGCCUCCAACAAAACGUUUCAUGCUUCACUACAGCUUUCCCCCUUUCUGUAUUAAUGAAGUUGGUAAACGAGGCGGCUUGAAUAGGCGUGAAGUUGGUCAUGGGACUCUGGCGGAAAAAGCUCUUCUUGCUGUAUUACCUCCAGAAGAUGAUUUUCCAUAUACUGUUCGUAUCAAUUCUGAAGUAAUGGCCUCUGACGGUUCAACAUCAAUGGCAACUGUCUGUGGAGGCAGUAUGGCUCUGAUGGAUGCUGGCAUUCCAUUGCGUGAACAUGUAGCUGGUGUCUCGGUGGGUCUUGUUAGUGAAGUUGAUCAAUCAACUGGCUCAAUAAAGGAGUACCGUAUACUGACUGAUAUUCUGGGCCUGGAAGAUCAUUUGGGGGACAUGGACUUUAAAAUUGCUGGCACACUAAAUGGAGUUACAGCUAUUCAGUUGGAUAUAAAACCCGCUGGAAUUCCUUUAGAUAUUGUCUGUGAAAGCUUAGAACCUGCACGCAAAGGUCGCAUUCAAAUUCUUGACCACAUGGAGAGAGAGAUCAGUACACCACGCACUCAGGAUGAUAGAAAUUCUCCACGAUUAGUUACCUUGAAGUACAGUAAUGAUGCACUUCGUCGCUUGCUUGGGCCUCUCGGUGCUCUAAAAAGAAAAAUUGAAGAUGAAACUGGUGCACGGAUGUCUGUAAGUGAUGGAACACUGACCAUAGUUGCUAAGAAUCAAUCUGUAAUGGAGAAAGUACUAGAAAAGGUUGAUUUUAUACUUGGGCGUGAGAUCGAAAUUGGUGGGAUCUAUAAGGGAAGGGUAACUUCAGUCAAGGAAUAUGGUGCAUUUGUGGAGUUUAAUGGUGGUCAGCAAGGCCUUCUGCACAUUUCUGAGUUGUCGCAAACACCAGUAUCUCGGGUUUCAGAUGUGGUAGCUGUUGGAGAACAGCUUUCCUUGAUGUGCAUAGGUCAGGAUGUUCGCGGUAACAUUAAACUAUCCCUUAAAGCUACUUUACCUCGAUCUGGAUCCAAGACAAAUAAUGCGGUUGAGGAAUCCGUUUCAUCAACCCAAGAACCUAGUAUUUGGGCAGCAGCUGGAGACCUUUUGUCUAAUGGACAAGAAAAGCAGAGCUCGUCAUCUGAGGAAUUGCCAGCAAACAAUUGUGAAGUUGGCGGGAUAAAUUCAUCUACUUCCUCUACUCCGAUUCUAAUUCGAAGUGCUGCAGAGUGUGACGAGGUGGAAAAAGCUGCUGGUUUGGUUCAAAACUCUGAUACUACUAAGUCAAAAACUAGUAAUGUGAAGACAUCAAAGUCGUCCUCACAGAAGGGAGGAGAUAAGGAAGCUGAAGUUGGAGGCUCUGUAACCGAAAAAAGUCUGAAGAUAGGAACAAAAGUUACUGCCAAGGUUUAUCAGAUCCGCACAGGAGGGUUGGUGCUUGACCUCGGUGGGGGACUUCGUGGAAUGUAUCGGUUUGAGACAAAUGGUAGGACGGACUUUGAAGUCAAUGACGAGCUGCGAGUUGAGUGUGUUAGUUUCUCUGGCAAGGGGAUUCCAGUAAUGUCUCUGGUGGAUGAUGAAGAGUAGCAUUGUACAGGCCGUUAAUUUAUGACAAUUUUGUCACAUAGAUGACUGUCGUGGUAGAGGUAGGUAAUUCUGGUCUCAGCAGCGGGAGCUCACGCAGGUUUCAUAUAAUCCGGUUGGAAGAUUUUGUUACUUUCGAGUAACAUUUCGCAACCCCUGUUCGAAUCUGGAAACGCCGGUAGCGGUAGCUGGGUUUCCGAUCAGUCUUCGCAAAGCUCUUUGAACUUAUUGCCACAUUUUUUGUUGCUUAUACCUUCCUGCUCUAGGUUUAUUUUUUCACUUAUGGUACCUCUACGGUUAGAUGUUGUGGGAUGAAAUUUGGGCCAGAACAUGUAACUGUAGAUUUGGGCCAAGCCCUGUAUUCCGAAGCUUCAAGCCAAAAUGGAUGGGCCGGCAUGGUCCAACAAGGCUUCUCUCAUCUAUCAAGACUUUGGAUCUGCUCAUCGCA